ACACAUCCAGGUGCGGGCAGGGGAGCACAGCCUGGCAGCGAUGACGGGGCAGGAGCAGUACGCCACGGCCGUGGACAUCGUGGUCCACCCCGGCUUUGACUCCACCGAGGGGGCCCAUGACCUCAUGCUGCUGCGCGUGGAACCCCCCUUCACCUUCACCCCCUACGUCCAGCCCUUGGCCCUGCCCAGAAGCCCCCCGGCCACCGGCACCAACUGCACCGGUGACUCGGGGGGGCCCCUUAUCUGCAACGGGGUCCUGCAAGGCAUCGUCUCAUGGGGUGACCACCCCUGCGGGCAGGCGGGGAAGCCAGGGGUCUACAGCAAGGUCUACAACUACCUGCCAUGGAUCCAGGAGACAAUAGGGAAGGUCUGA